CGGUUUAUUUAAUGUGCAGCAACGUAUGUAAAUAAAUAAUUUCAGAGUUGCCCUAGCUAAACUUUGAGUAUAUGCAGAUAGUGGUCGUUCCACAUGAUAUUUCAAGUGCACAGGAUGCAAGAUAAGGAGUAGAUCUCUAAAUAAAUAUGAUUAGAGAUGAGCUUGCAUAUCUGACUGCAUAAAAAAUUGAACAAUUUAAUCGGUGUAUAAAAUUACUUCAAGUUGUCAUCAUAAACGUCAUUGACGUUUAGUAGACCAUCUCAAUUUACAUAGAGAAAGAAAGGAGAAAAACGUUUCUUCGUAUAUUCAACUGGAGUCUUGAGUCUGAAGGUUAUAUUAUAGGCAGACAAUUAAUUAGUUUGUGGGAGUUAUCGAUUAGUUCAAACUAGUUGUAGUCUGACUUUUGUGAACUCCAUACUCCACAUUUUAUCGAAAUAUUUGAAAAUAUAGUUGAAAUUGAUUGAAUGUAAACAACGAGUAGCAAGAUGCCACGAACCUACGUUGAUAAUGCUUACAACCGAAGUGCGGGUCGUGUGGGGAUGGCUCACGGGACAGCGGUGAUUUCCAGCGCAAGUAGUGGGAGGAGCUCAUCGUCCUACAGCGGUGGCGGUGGUGGUGGAGGGGGACGCACAUAUGUGGACAACUCCAGUAACAGGGCGCUGGGUCGAGUCGGCCUUCCUUUAGGAAGCGCAGUUCAAUCAUCCUCUGGCAGCAGUAAUUCGCAUUCAGCCGGAAAUGGCAGCAGAGCUUAUGUUGAUAAUGCACAGAAUAGGUCUUUGGGACGAGUGGGGCUUCCGGUUGGUAGUGCAGUUCACUCUACAAGCAAUCCCAAUUCAGCAUCUCAUGGUUCCACUAAAACAACCUACGUGGAUAACGAAAUGAACAGAUCGCUUGGUCGGGUUGGACUUUCACUGGGGUCAGCGGUUCACUCCAAGUCAGCUGGGGAAAACCAUUCGUCAUUAUCCUCGUCUGCAGCGACGCGAUCGGUUGGGGCCGCCUGUUACGUGGAUAAUGCAUAUAAUCGGCGACUGGGUCGGGUUGGGUUGGCAUAUGGAACGGCAGUAAUGUCGACCUCCAACUCAAGCUCUGGCAAUCUCAAUGGGAAUACAAAAUGCUAUGUUGACAAUCCCAUGAACCGAAAGCUCGGACGUGUCGGAAACCCGUUGGGAUCUGCUCCGGUCCAAAAUUCCAAAUCAGUGAGAUGUCAUUCUCCAUUGGAUGAUGUUUUUAAGCCAUUGAUUCGCAUUGAUCCUGAGGAUACGGAUUUGGGCGACCUUCUGCGACAAAUUCGACGCCUCCGCGAUGAUCUUAGGAAGAACGAUGAGGAAGCAGACUCGUUUCGGGAACGCAAUUGCGAUGCAGCGGAAGGGAUUGUAUACCGGCAUGAAGCUGCCUUGACUAAACAUCGAGCAGGGCUUCAAACACCAGAAUGGGUUCGUGGAGGAGAAGUAAUUGACUUCAAGGAUAUCGAAUUGGGUGAGAAGCUUGGCAGUGGUGGGUUCGGUGAUGUAUUCGUAGGGAUUUGGAAGAAUAAUUUUCAAAUUGCAAUUAAGAAAUUACGAGUGCAACGGGUUUCACAACGAAGAAAGGAUCAAUUUCAGGAAGAGGUAAAGGUCUUUUCAAGUUUAUCUCACCCCUGCAUCGUGAAAUUUUUUGGCGUUUGUGUGACCCCACCGAAUCUGGCCAUUGUGAUGGAAUUUAUGGCUGGAGGCUCCCUACACGAUGUCCUUCAUGUGGAGAUGCGUGAUCUAUCCUCGAACCAAAAGUAUCAAAUGGUGACCGACUCAUUGUCUGCUCUGAAAUAUAUGCAUGGGAAAGAUAUUGCGCACCGGGACAUUAAGAGCAUGAACAUUCUGGUGUGCGAUGAUUACACGCACUGCAAACUUGGAGAUUUUGGCCUCGCUUUAAAAGAAGAAUCACGGUCUUCCGCAUCAGUCGUUGACCAUGCGGCUGUUGGAACUCUGGUCUACAGCCCUCCUGAAGUUAUUCGAGGCGAUAGGUUGAAUAUUGAAGGUCUCAAGUCUGCAGAUAUUUACUCCAUGACCAUAGUGAUCAUUGAACUUCUUACUGGACGGAAGCCAUACGACGGGUUGAACCAACAUCAAGUUCGUGCUGCCAUCAUGAACAAGGAACGACCAUCAAUCACCUCACUCACUGAUAUGAACGAGGAGGCAAAAGAGUUAUUGCGACGGGGAAUGUCGUCGACACGCCCUUCCGCAUCCACAAUGUACAGCUCUUGGAAUUUGCUGGCUCUAGGGAACCAACUUGGACGCCUUACCCUUGCCGAGUCAUCGCAUAACGUAGUUCGAACUGAUCCCAACGUGAUGUCAAGUUUGCCUCCAUUGUCUCGAGGGGUAUCCUAUUCGUCACAGUUGCGAAGCCUGGACCGUCCUUCUUGGAAUGGAGUUGUCGAUGAUCUUGAUGGAUCCAUUGCUGCCUCGUCGUCGACAUCUUCAAGUGGACGAAGGAGCUGCCCAGUGUGUAUGAACAAAGGAGUGGAAUACGUAUUCCAAUGCGGUCAUGCAACAUGCGAACCAUGUUUCCUUACUUUGCACACGAAUGACUCGACCUGUCCAAAAUGCCGUGGAUCAAUUGCCUCCGCUAUCAAACUCUUUCUUUAAGUUUAACUGAUUUCAGAUAAUUGUAUCACUUUCGUGAUGUUCAAGUUGUUCGUCUACCAAAAUCUAUUAUUAUUUUCUAAAUUUUAUUAUUUAAUUGUUCACGAUUGUUUACAAAUUCAUGAAUAUUGUUAUAGAAUAAACUUGCAUUUUAUUGUUGAAA